UAAAAAGUUUUCAUCAACAGCCGCCAUUUUAAGCAAUUUCGAUCGGGGGAAAACUGGCAUUUUCAACGGAAAUUUCUCAUCAUUUUGGCGAUCAUUUGAUCCGGAACCCAUCUUAGUUGUUUCGUGUUUAAUCGACUCAUCCCCUAUGGCUGGAUGGGGGUUUCAAAGGCGUUUCAUCAUGUAACAAAAAGGAUUUGAAAACGACGAUCAUUUUCACACUCUGCUUUGUACACGGGAAAUUAGGGUCAGUCUUCACCGCUACAGGAUACGUUGAUUUUAAACCACUCCACGGCUCGCGAUGGUAUUACCAUUUGUGUUUAUCCGGAGUCUUCACCUCACAGGUUACCGAUGGAUCUUCAGAAGGUAAAACUUGGAGAUUCAGGUAUUAAGUAAGACUGAAAUUGUGACUUCUUCGCAUCAACUACGAAAACGGAGCGGUCCGGUUUAUUCAACAUGGCCGACCUGGAAGGUCCGCCGAACAAGAGAGCGAAGCUGUCGGUGCCGAUUUCGACGCCCAGCAAUGAAAGAACAGAGCUUUUGCAGUUACUGGAUCUGGAAGGCCAGUUGCCUGAUGAUCUGAUCGGGCCAAGCUCCAACAAUGCUAGCUCACUCUCAGUCGGAGUAUCGAUGGGGUCUGGCAAUCCAACCAAUGGAACCAACUCAACGUCAUCCACAGUCAAUGCAGACGCCCACUCUGAUAUGAUGCAAAAGAACAAGCAGCUCUCCAAGCUUCUUCAGUUCCCGUCGAGAACUGUCGGAAGCCCUCCCACGGCCACCAGCACGGCUAGCGGCAACAGCCCUAAGCCAAACCAGGUCAGUGGAAGUCCCGUGCUCGGCGGAGUCAGCACCUCGUUGCCGAAUAAUCUGAUGGCGACCAGCUCCCCGAGCAUGUCCAUGGGAUCCAUGCUGAGCCAUGGUCAAACUCUAGGCGUUAGGACAAUGGCUAAUGCUACCAGCGCCAGUAUGGCCAACACCUUGGUCACUUUCUCGACGGCCUCUUUCUCCUCAUCCACCCAGCUGAAUACGAGUGCAAACUCACCGGGCAACAUCAUCUCCAGUGCAAACCAAGUGAUGAACGGACCCUUUUCUAUAAAUAGUGCAAAUAAUUCAAUGGGGGUUCGGAACACUGUGACAAACACUUCCGCCAUGACCAAUUCUCAAAACCUCCUCGCCUCUGGGACAAUGCCCCAGUCCUCGCAGGCACCGAUGCUUGGCAAUUUGACAUCAAUCAAUCAACAAAACACCCUGCAGAAGAUCGUACGGCCAUCAAGCACUCCGCCUGUUGGCCAGCCCAGCCUAAACAACCCUUUCCAAGUGACCACCAUCUCAACUCCCUCUCUGAACCUGAACGUCAUGUCCACGUACAUACCCACCUCUGCAACAACAACUUUUUCAGGGGGUAUGUUGGAUAACCUCAACCUGCCGAACGUUAACAUGACACCGAACCUCGCCAACAACCUGUCAGCGAGCCUGCCCGGGAACCUGCCGGGGAACCUGCCGGGGAACCUACCGGGGAACCUCCCUGGGAAUCUGCCGGGGAACCUUCCGGGGAACCUUCCAGGGAACCUUCAGAACAUGUCCGGCAGCAUGCACGGCAAUAUGGUGGGCGGCUUCAACAGGGAUGCCGCUGCUGCUGCAGCCGCGAUAAACGCUUCAGGGAACUUGCCAGGAAACAUUGCCGGUGGUAAUCUCCCAACCAGUCUGCCUUCCAACAUCACCAGCAACGUGGCCGGUAACAUGGCAGGCAACCUCAAUAUGAAUAUAUCAGGGGGCCUGACAAUGGGAGGUGUAGCUUCAGGUCCUCAACAGGCAAUAGCUGGUGCCCAGCCUGCGGCUGCAGGUGGAACCCAGACCUCCCCGGGCGACCUUGGUAAGCGGAAGCUCAUUCAGCAGCAGUUGGUGCUACUGCUGCACGCCCACAAGUGCCAGCGACGGGAGAACCAGGCUAACGGGGAGAACAAGCAGUGCUCCCUACCCCAUUGCCGCACCAUGAAGAACGUUCUCAACCACAUGACAAAUUGCCAAGAGGGCAAGUCUUGCCAAGUUGCCCACUGUGCCUCGUCAAGGCAAAUAAUUACUCACUGGAAGAACUGCACAAGGAACGAUUGCCCAGUCUGCCUACCGCUCAAGCAUGCAUCUGACCGACGACAUGAGAAAUUAUUGCAUAGUGCCAUGGCCGGUCCUCUGCCUGGUUCCACUGCACUGUCGACAACCAUUGAUCAGAACUCAAUGCAGAGGGCCUACCAGGCCCUGGGCAUCCCUUACAACACCAAGAAUCAGACCAGGCCACCAGGGAUGCCUCAUAAUCUAAAAACCUCGGGUAAUGUGCCAGGUACUUUCACUGGGCCACUGAACACCAGCAGCGCCCAGCAGACUGAUGCCAUGGCGCAGGCACUGGCCAACUCCAACUUCACGCCGGGAGUCAACGCCAGUGGCAACAGUAGCCACAACAUCGGCAUUGCCAUGCCGAUUACCGGUAACACGCAACCGUGGCAGCAGUAUGUCACCCAGGAUCUGAGGAAUCACCUUGUCUUUAAGCUAGUUCAAGCAAUAUUUCCAUCACCGGACCCCCAGGCCAUGAAAGACAAGCGAAUGGGAAAUCUAGUUGCGUAUGCCCGCAAAGUAGAAAAGGACAUGUACGAGCAAGCAAGCAGCAGGGAGGAGUAUUAUCACCUCCUGGCCGAGAAGAUCUACAAGAUCCAGAAGGAGCUUGAGGAAAAGAGGCAGAAGAGGAUGCAGGAGACGGGAGGCAGUGCCGCAGCUGGCGGUGUGCCAACGACUGCAGCAGGAGCCCUGGCCCAACUGCAGCAGCAGCAACAGCAGCAGCAGCAGUCGCCGCGACUUCCUACUCAGAAUGGCCCGUUAAGUGUUGCCCCAGCCACCCCUGCACCGCCGUCCGUUGGCCCUCCUUCGGUUCCCUCUAUGCCAACACCCCCACCUAGCGUGGCCCCUAGUCAGCAGCAGAAUCAAGCUCAGACCAACCAGAACCCAUUCCUCAACUUACCCCCACUGCCCAGUGCCGCCAAGCAGCCAGCCCCCAACAAGGGCAUGCAGGCCUUGACGUCAAAACCACAACAGCAGCAGCAGCAGCAGCAGCAGCAACAGCUUCAACAGCAGCAGCAACAGCAACCACCCCAGUCGCAGCAGCAGACACAGGUGCAGCAGCCUCAGGCCACGGUCGGGAACCAGGGUGGGAAGCUACAGAACAACAGUAAUCCAUUACCACAGGCGAGUAUUGGCCCAACCCCGGUCGCCACGCCACAAACCCCCGCUGUACCCCAGCUGACGCCCACAUCCAACAGCAAUGGCACAACAGAGCCUCCAUUGACGGACGGCAAAUCUCAGCCUGUAAGUCUAGGCAAGCAGCCCCCGUCUGCAGAGCAGGUCACCCAGCCACCAUCUGAAUCCAUCACGCCUGCCGCCACGCCUCAGCCUGUUAAGCAAGAAACAGCUCCCACCCCCAAAGGGGGGAAGAAAACGCCAGCACCCGGCAGCAUCGAAUCAGUUGUCAAGCAAGAGUCUGCAGAGGGAAAUCCGUAUACUUGCGGGUACAGCUCCAAGCCUGAUAGCAUGGGCGGAGGAAAGGGCUCAGGCAAAGGAGGGGGGACGGGGACGAUUGUCAUCAAGAAGGAACCCGCUGACGACAAGUUGGAGACGGAGGCGGGUCAGUCUAGCAAUGAUGCCUCGUCGAAGCAAGCUGUCAAGACGGAACCGACAAAGGCGCCAAGGUCAAAGAAGAUUUUCAAGCCGGACGAACUCCGGCAAGCCUUGAUGCCUACGCUGGAGAAGUUGUAUCGACAGAAUCCAGAGUCCUUGCCGUUCCAGCAACCUGUCGAUCCCAAAACGUUACAGAUACCGGACUACUUCGACAUCGUGCGGCAGCCCAUGGACCUCUCCACCAUCAAGCACAAAUUGGACACAGGCGUCUACCAGAACCCCUGGCAGUACGUGGAUGACGUGUGGCUGAUGCUGGAGAACGCCUGGCUGUACAAUCGCAAGACGUCCCGGGUCUACAAAUACUGCUCCAAGCUGGCUGAGGUAUUUGAGGGUGAGAUUGACCCCGUCAUGCAGAUGUUGGGAUAUUGCUGCGGACACAAGUUUGUAUUCCAUCCCCAAGUGCUUUGCUGUUACGGCAAACAGCUUUGUACGAUCCCACGGGACAAUGUGUAUUGGAGCUACCAGAACAGGUAUCAUUUCUGUGAAAAGUGCUUCAAUGAAAUUGAGGGUGACUCGGUGACAUUGGGUGAUGAUCCGACGCAGUCACAGACGUUCUGGUGGAUGGCCACUGAAUUCCAGAGGUUCAACUCUACUUCUAAGCAACUAAAAAGUACUAUCAAGAAGGAGAACUUUGUGAAGAUGAAAAACGACAACCUUGAUCCUGAGCCGUUUGUGGACUGCUUAGAGUGUGGUAGAAAGCUCCACGUCAUCUGUGUUCUGAACAAUGACAUCAUUUGGCCAGAAGGCUUCGUUUGUGACGGCUGUCGGAAAGCCAAAAUCAUCAAGAAGAAGGAGAACAAGUAUACGGCUAAAAAGCUUCCAACAUCAAAGCUUGGUACGCACUUAGAAAACAGAGUGAACAAGUUCUUGCAGUGUCGCAACACAGGUGCAGGGGAGGUGACAAUCAGGGUGCUGUCCAGCUCGGAAAAGACGGUAGAAGUCAAGCCGGGAAUGAGGAACCGGUUUGGAGACGAUUUACCGGAAACGUUUCCAUAUCGAGCGAAAGCUUUGUUUGCCUUUGAGGAGAUAGACGGAACAGACGUGUGUUUUUUCGGCAUGCAUGUUCAGGAGUAUGGUUCGGAGUGUCUCAGGCCAAAUCAGAGGCGUGUGUAUAUAUCUUAUUUAGACAGCGUUCACUUCUUCCAGCCUCGAGCAUACCGUACCGCAGUAUACCAUGAAAUCCUUAUCGGCUACCUUGACUAUUGCAAGUUACUAGGGUAUGAAUGGGCACAUAUCUGGGCGUGUCCACCCAGCGAAGGGGAUGACUACAUCUUUCAUUGUCAUCCUCCGGAGCAGAAAAUCCCCAAACCCAAAAGGCUGCAGGAGUGGUAUCGGAAGAUGCUGGACAAGUCUGUCACUGAUAAAGUCGUUGUAGACUUUAAGGAUAUCCUCAAGUCGGCGAUGGAUGAUGGAAUAACGUGUGCGACGGAGCUGCCCUACUUCGAGGGUGACUUCUGGCCUAAUGUCUUAGAGGAGAGUAUUAAGGAGCUGGAUCAAGAGGAGGAGGAGAGACAGAAAGCUGCCGAGAAAGCAGCCGCGGCCAGCACAGGAGAGGAGCAAACGCUCCCGAUUGGCAGUAAGAAGUCUCAGAAGAAGUGCAAGAAAAACAACAAGAGCAAGAGUAGCAGUAACCGCAAGAACAACAAGAAGACUAACUUUCCACAGCAGGGCAGCGACUUAUCGCAAAAGAUCUUCUCUACGAUGGAGAAACAUCGAGAGGUUUUCUUUGUCAUCCGGCUGGUGCCGAACACCGGCGUCAAUCAGGAACCCAUCCAGGACCCCGACCCCAUGAUCUCUUGCGACUUGAUGGACGGGCGAGACGCUUUCCUGACGCUGGCGCGGGAGAAGCAUUACGAGUUCUCCUCCCUACGACGGGCUAAGUACUCCACCAUGUGUAUGCUCUGUGAGCUGCACAACCAGGGCCAGGACCGCUUUGUGUAUACAUGCAACGAGUGCAAGCAUCAUGUGGAGACUAGAUAUCAUUGCACUGUUUGUGAUGACUAUGACUUGUGCAGUAACUGCUACCGGAAGAUUGGUCACAAACACAAGAUGGAGAAGUGGGGACUUGAGCUUGACGUGGAGUCCAACAGCGGGGCGUCGCGUAACCCACAGGAGGCUCGCCGCUUGUCCAUCCAGCGCUGCAUCCAGAGUCUGGUCCACGCUUGCCAGUGUCGCGAUGCCAACUGUCGUCUGCCGAGCUGCCAGAAGAUGAAACGAGUGGUGCAGCACACCAAAAUAUGCAAAAGAAAGACCAACGGGGAGUGCCCCAUAUGCAAGCAGCUCAUUGCAUUGUGUUGCUACCACGCCAAGCACUGCCAGGAGCAGAAAUGCAUGGUGCCAUUCUGUCUGAACAUCAAACAUAAACUGAAGCAGCAGCAGCUGACACACAGACUGCAGCAGGCGCAGCUGCUGCGUAGGCGAAUGGCCACCAUGGCGAGGGUGAACCCACAUACUUCCACCACCGGUGCCAAUCCCGUACAGCAGCAUGCUGCACGGCCUCCGCAAGCUGCAGCAGUGCCAACUCAGCCGCAAGGAGGCAUGAAACCUCAGAACAAUGCCAUUGGGCCACCCCCUGCCGCCAUACAGGCAGCUAAGCAGGUGCAGGAGGCUGCGGCCAAAGUGGCCCUAACUAAUCCCCCCAUGGUGCCCCAACAACAACCCCAAAGAACUGUGUCACCCUCUCAGGGUCAGGCAAGGGGGGUGAAGCCCAUGACGUUACCGAACCAACUUGGACAGGUGAAUCCCAUGCCACCGCCGCAGUUGAGUCACCUGCAUGUCACCAAGUCGUCCAUGCCAAAUACGGGAGCCUCUGCUGGCCAGAUGAUGCCUCCUAUGGACCAGUGGAAUCAGUUUGGUAACCAAGUUCAACAGCAAACUGUUCCUGUCAAUGUGAACAGUAUGCAAGGCAUGCAGAACAUUCCCAAUAUGCAAAAUGUGCCAAACAUUCAGAACAUUGCGGGGGGACUGGGCAUGCAGAACAUGUCUGGCAAUGUCGGAGUUGUGCAACCGCAACAGGUGAGCCCUGGCAACAUUGGGCAGCAGGGUCAAGUUCGCGCCAAUAGUUUCCCACCUCAGGCACUCCAGCAGCUGCUACAAACACUGAAGUCGCCACAUACACAUCAACAACAGAAGCAGGUCUUGCACAUAUUAAAAUCUAACCCGCAGCUCAUGGCAGCUUUUAUUAAGCAGCGCACACAGCUGCAACAACAACAACAAGCAGCUCAGGCACAGCAGCAGCAACAACAACAACAACAACAACAGCAGCAGCAGCAGCAGCAGCAACAACAGCAGCCGCCACAGCCUGGGCAACCACAGCCAGCUGGCCAACCAGCUGGUAACCAGCAGCAGUUAUUCAAUCAGCAACAAUGGAUACAGCAACAGCAAAGGAGACAGUUGAGGCAAUUCCAACAACAGCAGCAACAGCAGCAGCAGCAACAGCAGCAAGUCCAACAACAGCAGCAGCAGCAGCAGCAGGUUCAGCCACCAUUCCAGCAGCCACAGAAUAUGCAUGGAACACUUCCAGCUUUCAAUCAGGCCAUUGCCUUGCAGCAGCAGCAAAGGCGGAAUGCCAUGGCCCAGCAAGGAGCUGGAACGCAGCUUCUGCCGCAGCAAAUGCAGCAACUUCAACAACAGCAGCAGCUGCAACAGCAGCAACACCUCCAACAGCUGCAGCAGCAGCAGCAGUUGCAGCAGCAACAGCAGCUGCAGCAGCAGCAGCAACAACAAAAUCCGGGUGACUCCAUGGUAAACAUACAGUAUCAGAAGCUACUUCAGCAACAGCAGCUUCAGAAACAGCAGAUGCUGGCUAACCAGAAUCAGGCUGGUGUGCAGCAGCAAGGCAUGUUGCCCAAUCAGACGACCAUGCAACAAGUCAGGUCACCUCAAACCGCCAACACCCUUGUCCAGGUGCGAUCGCCCAACCCGAACCCCUCUCCAAGACCGCCGCCCACCCCAUCUCCCAGAAUGCAUUCUGCCCAACAGUCGCCGCGGCCUAUGCCGCAGAUGCAUUCUCCGCACCCUGGUAAGCCUGAACCUAUGCAGACAGACCAGCCCAUGCUAUCACAAAAUCCACUGCAGCAUGGAACUAUGGCACAAAUGAACAGUCCUGCUAAUGCUGCUACGUUAAAUCAAGACGAUUUAGACAUGACCCCAUUGGAUCCCCAGGACCAACUGACGAGAUACGUGGAAACUUUGUAAUAUAAAUUAUUGACGGAGGACUUUGACUUCACCAUUUUUGGUCAAAAGGACACAGACAGCCGCUAUGCAAAAGUGGUUGGGGCUGGGUUUAAAUUUUUUGAGAACAAAAUUCAAUAGAAUUUUUGAAAAGGUCUGUAAAGUUUUAUUCUUGUUUUAUUUUAUAUUUUCUUCUCCAUUCCUAAUUUUGGAUGAUAUGUCUUAGGUUUAUAAUAAAUAUUAAAUAAAAAAAUAAUAUAAAAACUUCUAAAUACAAGUAUAUGCCUGGUACAAUGGAUUCACCAUCUAUUGUAGAUGUUGAGUCAUGUGCAGGAAAUAGGAAGCAAUUUUUGUACAGAAAUUCCCAGAGGGGCUAAUUAUUAAAUAUGUUAAAUGUGUCGUAGUUGAGAUGAGCGUGAGAGAGAGCGCGAGAGACUAGUUUCUAUAAAAAAUAUUGUUCAUUUGUUCUUCUACCUUCCUACGUCUUAAAAAGUGCUGUACGAUUUUAGCUAUUAUGUAGACGUAGUCGACUCUCCCUAUUUUUAAAACAAAGAAAAAAAAACAGUGCUAGUACGGUAAACUAUGAAUUGUUUUGUGUGUCAUGUGUUUCUUUACUCCCCCUGCUUAGAUAGUCGACUGAGAAAUUUAAAAUUACGAUCAUGCAGGUUCCAAUGUGAAAAAUAUAAUGUUAUUGAAAAAAGAAAGAAACAUCAAUGAAAUCUUUGUAUAAAGAAAAGAGGCACAAGCUUAUUUCUUACUUAAAAUAAUACCGUAUGCGUAAUCUCUAAGAAAUGUGUGCACUUUACAAGAUUGGGAAAAUUUUUACGUGUCACUUUCUCGUUUUUAUCUCUUCAUUGAGCUAUUUGUAUUAAAUGUAUAUAAGAUACAGUAAAAUAAAACAUGGACUGUGGAAGUUGA